UCCAACAGCGGGGCCCCUAGGCGAGAGGGCACUGAACCUCUGGGUGGCGCAAGUGCGCUGAGAGGUUAGGGAAAGCACCCCCCCAAAAAAAGAGAAAAAAAUUGGUGUGGACGCGCUCAGUCGGCCUGGGCCUCCAUCCGCUGUUCUCUGUCAGCUGGCACGCGCCCCGUGGACGGCGUCCGGGCUGCACUGCGCAUGUGCGGGAGUCCCGGCCGGCGGGGGCGGUGGUUCCCGGCAGCGCGCGGCGCGCGGCGCUAAUUGGUGAUUGUCCUCGGACUCGGGGGGGUGGGGGGGCGACGGCUCACGCUACCCGGCUGCCCGGUGGCUGCGCCGCGGACCCGACGGACGACAGCCGAGCUGGUUUUAACUAGGUUCCACACUUCUCUUCUCAUAGAGGUCUUUGAUUCCAAACACGAUCGAGUGAGUGAAUAGCCGAGACAGAAAAGUUUUCACAGCGUUACAGCAGUGCGUGGACAUCAUGGCUCUCGAGAAAGCGUGACAGGCCAGUGCAGUUGCUCAUGGGAGCUGGCACCGGGGCACCCUGAGCAAAGCCUUCGGCUCUCAGGAAGGUGCAAUGGCGAGGAGUUUGUCUCUGAUCUUGACCGUGACAUUUGCCUUGUCAGUCACAAAUCCGCAUUGUGAAGUAGAAUCAGCAACAACUCUCCCUCAGACCACUGAGAAAACCAGUCCAAACUGGGACUCCAACAUUAAUGUAGACCUAGCAGUUACUGCACAGCAACAUCACAUACAGCUGCUUUUCCACCGCUAUGGAGAAAAUAACUCUUUGUCAGUGGAAGGGUUCAGAAAACUACUUGAGAACAUAGGCAUUGAUAAGAUUAAAAGGAUUCAUAUACACCAUGACCACGAGCAUCACUCUGACCACGAGCAUCACUCCCACCAUAAUCAUGCUGCUUCCAGUGGAAAUAAUCGGAAAGCUCUCUGCCCUGACCAUGACUCUGACAGCUCAGUUAAAGAUUCAAAAAAUAGCCAAGGGAAAGGAUCUCACAGAUCAGAGCACGCCAACAGUAGGAGGAAUGUGUUAAUCAAGGAUGCUGGUAAGGGGACCUCAGUGGCGUAUAACACUGUCUCUGAAGGAACUCACUUUCUGGAGACAGUUGAAACUCUGAAUCCCGGAAAGCCUCUCCCUAAAGAUAUGAGCAGUUCCACUCUGCCCAGUGUCACCGAAAAAAACCGGGUGACUCGACUGGCUAAUAGGAAGACAAAUGAAUCUAUGAGUGAACCCCAGAAAAGUUUUCUGUACUCCAGAAACACAAAUGAAAAUACCCAAGAGUGCUUCAAUGCAUCAAAGCUGAUUACAUCUCACGGUAUGGGCACCCAGAUUCUGCUGAAUACAGAAGAGUUCAACUUUCUCUGCCCAGCCAUCAUCAAUCAAAUUGAUGCUAGAUCCUGUCUGGUUCAUACAACAAGUGAAAAGAAAGCUGACAUCCCACCAAAGACCUACUCUUUACAAAUAGCCUGGGUCGGUGGCUUCAUAGCCAUUUCCAUCAUCAGCUUCCUGUCUUUGCUGGGUGUCAUCUUAGUGCCUCUCAUGAAUCGGGUGUUUUUCAAAUUUCUCCUAAGUUUCCUUGUGGCAUUGGCUGUUGGGACAUUGAGUGGUGAUGCUUUUUUACACCUCCUCCCGCAUUCUCAUGCAAGUCACCAUCACAGCCACAACCAUGAAGAGCCAACAAUAGAAAUGAAGAGAGGGCCACUUUUCAGCCAUCUGUCUUCUCCAAAUAUAGAAGAAAGCACCUAUUUUGAUUCUACAUGGAAAGGUCUGACAGCUCUAGGAGGCUUGUAUUUCAUGUUUCUUGUUGAACAUGUACUCACAUUGAUCAAGCAAUUUAAAGAUAAGAAGAAAAAGAAUCAGAAAAAGCCAGAAAAUGAUGAUGAUGUGGAGAUUAAGAAGCAGUUGUCCAAGUAUGAAUCUCAGCUCUCCACGAAUGAAGAGAAAGCAGAUGCGGAUGACCGUCCAGAAGGCUAUUUACAAGCUGACACACAAGAACCCUCCCACUUUGAUUCUCAGCAGCCAGCAAUUUUGGAAGAAGAAGAGGUCAUGAUAGCUCAUGCUCAUCCGCAGGAAGUCUACAAUGAGUAUGUGCCCCGAGGGUGCAAGAACAAAUGCCACUCGCACUUUCAUGAUACUCUUGGCCAGUCUGAUGACCUUAUCCACCACCACCAUGACUACCAUCACAUUCUGCAUCACCAUCACCACCAGAAUCACCAUCCCCACAGUCACAGUCAACGAUACUCUCGGGAGGAGCUGAAAGACGCCGGCAUCGCGACAUUGGCCUGGAUGGUGAUCAUGGGUGACGGCCUGCACAACUUCAGCGACGGCCUGGCGAUCGGUGCUGCUUUUACUGAAGGCUUGUCAAGUGGCUUGAGUACUUCUGUUGCUGUGUUUUGUCAUGAGCUGCCUCAUGAAUUAGGUGACUUUGCUGUCUUACUCAAGGCUGGCAUGACUGUAAAGCAGGCUGUUCUUUAUAAUGCUCUGUCAGCAAUGCUGGCCUAUCUGGGAAUGGCAACAGGGAUCUUCAUUGGUCAUUAUGCUGAAAAUGUCUCUAUGUGGAUUUUUGCACUGACUGCCGGCUUAUUCAUGUAUGUUGCUCUGGUUGACAUGGUACCUGAGAUGCUGCACAAUGAUGCGAGUGACCAUGGAUGUAGUCGCUGGGGUUAUUUCUUUUUACAGAACGCUGGAAUACUUUUGGGCUUUGGAAUUAUGUUGCUUAUCUCCGUAUUUGAACAUAAAAUUGUGUUCCGCAUAAAUUUCUAAUUAGGUUACAAACGUUCUUGUAGCAUAUAAAUGAUGCUGUCUAGAGUUUGAAUAGGUCAUAGGGAGGUGAGAGUGUAUAUGCUGUGACAGUCUAGUGAACUGUGAUUUUUAUAUUAAAAAUUGACAUUUGUUAUGCUUAGAAGUUCAGUUAUAGUGGUGACAUAAAGGUACGUUUUGAUAUUUAAGUUAUUCUAUUUUGGGAACAUAAACUAUGUGUGUACUUUACCAAUGUUACCAGUUUAUUGUAUAAACAAGAGACUUGUCAUGACAUGUUCUGUCAGGAAGAAAUGUCUUUAGUACUUUUCUACAAUUAACGUAAUAAAGUAAUUGCCAUGACGGAGUUUAAACCUCUGAAGAACUUCUGGUAUAGAGGAGUAAGAAUGUUCAUUAAGUCAAAAAUACUGAUAAAUCUCAAAUUAAAUUCAGGCUAAGGAAAAAGAAGAAUUUGCAAGAAUUGAGAAGGCAUAGGUUUCCUCUAUUUGAACAUCAGAAAACUAUUGCAGUAGAAAUAAAAUAGAGUUGAGUUUUGAGGUUGAAAUGACAACAAAAUUAGUAAGGUCAUACAUUUUACACGAACAUUUUAGUCAGUAUUAAUGUCCCAGUAAGACUACAGUGAGUACUUUUUACUGUUACAUUGUAUAUGUUGUUUGCAUAAACAAACAGAAAAAAAGUUGUCUAAUUCUGUUUACUGAAUUCAAGCAAUAUAGCACUUGUCCAAGAAAUUGGAAUAGUUAGAAUUAUCUGUGUGGAGAUUUUCCGGAUGAGUAAAUUUAUGUAUUGUCAGGAGAAUUGAGUAUUACCACGUUUUGUUUCACACACAAAAAGAAAAGAAAAGAAAAGAAAAGAAAAGAAAAAAAAGUUCUGUAAUUAGAUGUGUUCUGGUUAUCUGGUUUGCCAGAUGUAAGUCAAGUUGGACUGUGAGGUGUAUAAGGACAUUAGAACCACACUGAGUGUCAUUUGACUCCUUAGGUCCAGAAAGCACCGUGCUGUCAGUGCUUCAGAGUCGUCAUGAUCACUUGUCAUUUUUACAUAUAGUUCUUAGACAUACUAGGGCUCUCUGUGGCAUUCUCUAGAUGUUGCUUUUCUGCCAAAUAAAUUCCCAUUUGUCAGCUUGAUAUCACA